AUGUCUGAGACAUUCGUUCUCCCCUGUUCUCCCUCCAUCCUGCGUUCAGAUCGCUUCGACUCUGUUUCUUGCGAUGAACCUGAAGUUCCCUUUUGGCGGAUUUUGACUUGUAUCUUGGCCGAGUCAUUAAACUCGGUGACUGACAGCUCGUCUCUCAUCGAUACCCUGGAAAGGAUAUCAGUUGUUCUACACGGAAAGGCUGCCAGGAACUAUGUGUUCCUAGGGGAAUUUCUCGCCAAGUAUCUGACGUCUACUUCUGGUAGCAAGUUCUUUACAUCAACGUGGCCACGUCUAGUCGGCCUUGCCUUGCAACUGCCAUCUUUAUUCCCGAGCCACUCCAUCCCCCCGCUGAAAAGCGAGGAGACUAGCCAGAUUAUUUUAAGCAGAAGGCAGGCUGCAUGUCUGGUCGUACACCAAUUCUUGUGCUCCCUGCCGGCCCAUCCAUGGCAGACAGAGUCCUUCGUCAAUUUGUCGCCUUGGUACUCGGCUGGAGAGGCAAUGCACCAGGGUGCUGUGCAGGCGUAUCUAACCGCACUGUUCACGUAUUUCGAAGCCAUAGCGGCCUCCGAACCAGACAGUGGAAUUUUACACCACUCAGUGGAAGACUGGCCCAUCAGUUUCACGUUAAUAGUAACGUCUGAGGACCAAUCACAAUCUCUUCUUUGCAAUGCGCCAGCCUCAUUGAGCCGUUUGGCAGUUGUCCAACUCCCACACCAAUCAACAGACAUCACAUACCUCGGUCUUCCAGAUGGCGCAUGCGUGAUAUCCGCUAACAAGUGCGUGGGACUUGGUGCGACAGGUACUCAAGAAGAGCUCCAUGUGGGUAUUUCCCCCAAGGCGUGCCCAGUGACACUGCUAGCGCCCCCUCUGAAGGAUCGCCAGGUCCUCAUCUGCCAGGGUGCCGAAGCAAUCGUUACUACUAAAGGACAUGGCAGAUGGGCCUCCUUAGACGAAAUAUUGCAUGGCAGACCAAGGCCAUCGUCUGACUGGCGCAACCGGGUCAUGCUAUUCAUGGACGCCCUGGAACUCGACCUUGUUGAUCGCGCCCAUCCACAAGGUGGAGAGAACAUUCCCGACCUUAUGCCAGGCUAUCUACAUCGGGAAUUGGUGAAGGCCUACACCGCGUUCUGCUCACAUUGUUCUAGGAAUACCCGGAAACCCUACUCCUUUGUUACUACUGGACUUUGGGGCUGCGGCGCCUUUGGGGGGAAUAGACAGAUCAAGGCGAUCAUCCAGUGGUACGCUGCAUCCAUAGCAAAUGUACCAGAGCUUCGAUAUGUCCUAGGUGGCGAAGAGCAGAAAGCAUUUGGAGAUGAGCUCAAGAGGUUUGUUGACAAGGCAGAGCACACUAGAAGAGAAUUGGAGCCACGGAAGCUCUUCGAUGUGCUUGUCCGUCUGGGUACAGACCUCCAGAAGGGGAAAGCCGCUGUUCCCAAGCCAGAUGAGAUUUUCGAAUAUGUUUUACAAAGCCUGUAG